UCUUGCGCGUAAAACAUCCCUGAUAUUUGAGGCGCUCCAGGGAUUUAGCGAGCAUGCCCAGUGCGCCCCUCUCAGCAGCAGAGGAAACCACUGGUGCAGCAUAGGAGUCAUACCAAGCAUAGCCUGCGUGUCAGUGCAGUCGACUUACAGCUGGCUGUGAGGAGAACUGACGCUACUCUUUUUUUGUUUGCUCUUUAUCACGGCUAUACCCAUAUUUCAAAAAAAGUAUCCAAACUAAUUGUUAAUAACCGAAAACUCUUUCCGGGAUUGUUUAAUUACCGGGGUUUUCUAGAAAACUAAAAGUUGGAGGCUGGGCCUUUAGCUUUUUGACCGUCGCUUGAGAGGAGAAGAAAAAAAAGCUGGUCUUUUUUGGGUGAAAAUAAAAGCUCGAUAAAUGCUACUAACGAAAAUGGACCUGUUGAACUACCAGUACCUGGACAAAAUGAACAACAACAUUGGCAUCCUCUGCUACGAAGGUGAAGCAGCUUUGAGAGGGGACCCCAGACUCCAGUCCCUGUCCCUAUCCUCCUCCUCCUCCUCUUCCUCUUCAUCGUCAUCCUCCUCAUCUUCCUCCUCCAUUUCCAGCCACAGGACAGGUCCUCCUCCCAUCAGCCCUACCAAGAGGAAGCUAAGUGGGGAUCAGGGGGACAGCGACAUGGACGAAAACGAGCAUGUGGCAAAGAUGAGUCGCCUGUUUGCUGCACAGCUAAAACCUAAUGGAGACUAUCGUAGCUCUGCCAUCUCCAAGGACAGGAGCCGGAGCCCCAUUGAGCGUGUGGUGGUGCCCAGUGCUAUGGGCAACCACCUGUACAGUCACACCCAUCACCAUCACCACCACCACCUGGCCAGCUUAGCUGGCAUGGACCAGCCACUGGCACUUACCAAAAACAGCAUGGUGGAGUCGGCACGCAGUACCACAGCAACUAUGGCCACAGUGCCGCACACAGUCAGUGCAGUGGAACGGCAGCAGAAUCGUCCUUCAGUGAUCACAUGUGCCCCAGCCAACAACCGCAACUGCAACUUGUCUCACUGUCCAGUGUCCCACAAUGGCUGCUCCAACCUCACUAACAACUACAGGAGAAUCAAUACCAACACAGCCUGUGAUCCUGUGAUUGAGGAACAUUUCCGCCGCAGCCUUGGGAAGAACUACAAGGAGCCAGAGCCCACUGCCACCAACUCGGUGUCCAUCACAGGCUCGGUGGACGACCACUUCGCCAAGGCGCUAGGCGAAACCUGGCUGCAGAUCAAAAACAAGGGGAGUCCCUCGUCGUCCGGCAGCAGCCCAAACUCCUCUCCCGACAGUCACAUGGUCAAUCACAACCACUCCCCUUCUGUCGUCUCCUGAAGGAGGAGGGAAUUGCGCCCCGUUUCCCCAACCCCUCCAAUCAUCCCGGCUCCAACAUCCAUGGCUCCGUCACUUUGGUCUGUCACCAGCUUCCCAGAGGGAAUGCCUGCCUGCUGGUCUGCUAAAAACAUCCAAAACCCUCAAGCCUGUUCUCUCACUGUGCGCUCACAGAGGAUCAAUCAAGCAAUAACGACAUGGUCAUUUUCCCCUUCUGUCCUCUGGUAUGUUAAUGCCAGACAAUAAUCAGCGAUGAGUGAUGAGGGUUCGACUUGGGACUUGACUGGAGCGUCAGCUUGCUCCUUCCAGUCAUUCAUCAUCCCUGCAUGUCAAGCUUGGAGCUGAGAGUCUGUAGUUUUAUGUACAUAAAGAGAGAGAGGAAAGGCGGUGUUUUAAUUAUUAAUUUUCUUUUCUUUGUUUUUUGUGUAUUUCUUUCUUUAACAGUAGUUUUGUGUACUGCUUUUGCAUUAUGAGAUGCCUGACAUUUGAAAGAACAGAUAAAUGAGAAACACUUAGGAGAAAAUGAUCACAAACCACCUGACUGUGCUACCAAAGAAACCUCAGACACUGAUGUUUAUCAAUGCCCACCUUGAAAACAAAACAACUAAAAGCCAUCUUGUAAUCAUGUCCUUCUGUUUUAUCCUCUUCCACUCUCACCCUCCUCCUGUCUCAUGUAUGUGUUCUGGUGGUUUUGUUACUGUAUGUUUAUCUUUAGGCGAUCGACUUAGUCUGAUUUGCACUACUGCCGUAGAGGGUAAAGGGUGGCAUGUCAAUUUUGUAAUCUGGCACUGAACUUAGAAAGCUGAUUUUGACACAGUUAAAUAUUAUUAUCUACUUAAUCUCCUAUUAACUCCAAAGGUUUCACCUACAUCGUUAUGCAUUAUUUACUGAAGGCAUUUCGGAAAAAUGGGAAACACCCACCAGUGGAGUUGGGCAGUAAACACAUUCUGCAAAAUCUGUGUUUGGUUACCUUAAAUCCUGCUACAAAAUUACUAUUAAUUGUCACAUCACUGCAACUUCAUUAGUGCAGCUGUUAUCUAAAAACAAAUGCUUCCAUGAUAUGAGACCAUGAGUGAAAAAUCGAGAAGUUCUUGCUAUAGCGCUGUUGCCCAAACAGCUAUUUCCAGCAAGUGGAUGCAGGACAGUUUGUUUGGUUGCUAUUAACCAAACUGAUCCAUCCCCAAGAGCACUUCAAUAUAGAGCAUCAACCCAUGUAGAGAGCUCUCUGUGUGAAGAGCAUGGGUAUAAAUAAACAAAUCAAUGGCAGGAGGGACUGGCCAUUCUUCAACUUCCAUCACAGAAACAUUUAUCUCAAUGGAUACUGAUAGAAGCAUUAAUCAUUCAAGUGCUAUGUUGUUCUGCUUUCUCAAAACAAAUUGUACAAGUGAGGUGAAUUAAGGAUAAGCUUAUGUUUCACCUUUUAUUCUAACUUGUUUAUUUGGUCUAGGUAAAGCAGGAGAAACAAGAUGGAAGAUCAGUUCACUCAUUGUACUCGGAAAACAUGGCCACCUUCGUCAUUCAUUUGCAGAGGAAAUAAAAUAGAUAACACGACAACUAUCGGAAGUACUCAGAUUGUACUGGGAUUGCAAAUGCAUCGUACUGCCCUCCAUAGCAGCUCAUGUUUAAAUUAGCAUUGUUGAUUGGAAUCAAACCAACAAAACUACUGCUCGUAAAAUCGCUGCCGUUGGGUUUACAAGCACAGUCAGGUUAUCACACGCGCUAACUGUGGUGCUGGUGGACUUCACAGAGAGGAGAGUAGGGCUGAAAACACAGCCGAACAACCUGCAGUGUGUUGAGGGUUGGGCUUUGCUGAACAAUGUGCUUUGAUGUGUUUCACAGGCUUAACUGCUGACAGAGUUGAGGGGAUAGAUGACGCUGCAUGUCACUUUGUGGUUGGGGGAAAAAAAAAAAAGAGAGAGAAGUCUGGUUUCUCGACCGGGGGAGAGAAGAUUAUUCAGAUCUCUUCAAACAUGCCUUUGUUUUUGUAACUCUUUGAACACGGGUGUUGUAAUUAUAUUUGGCUUACACCCUGGUAUCCUUCCCUCCCUCUCCUACACACUGUGGUUUGGUAGAGUUCUACAAGGUUUUAAGGGUAAAUUAAUGCUUUUACAGAUGCAUGUGUUUUUUUUUUGUUUUGUUUUGUUUUUAAUAGCUGGUAUCUAUUAGUGUUUUUAGCAUUUCAAACUUACCUACCAUUAGCCUUUUCAUUCAGACGUUAGUUGUUACUUCUAUCGUUGUCAGUAACAGACAUAGACACUAUACACUCACUGCUGGGUCAGUUGUACUCCAUAUUAUUAUUGUUAUUGUUAUUAUUACAAUUUUGUAUUUUUGUUUUCCAUUAAUAUCAGUAUGGUAACAAACAUCUGUAGUGGGGCAGCCUCCGGACAGGCUCUGUUAAAUGAUGCGAGCUGCGUUUCUCAAAUCCAUCUCAGCACAGUAAGCGGUUAGCUCAUUCCUGCAGCAGAGCGAUCGUUCUAGUGGUUAGUUGGCUUUGGGAUGCGCAGCUCAUGAAGGGUUUCUUAAGAUGUUGAUCCAUCGGUGGUACAGGAUGCUACAGCCUUCAGCGUGACUGAGCUGAGACACCAAAUCGACACAAUAGUCAGCUGUUUGUUUUCUCGAAAACGUCCUAGCCUGAAGCUGAUUAGCCUAUUUGUCUACCCUCUUAAAAUCAGCGCUCUCACACCAGCCUUUAUCCACGGGCUGUAACACAGUCAUCUAUCCUGAAAUUGUUCCAUUCAAGAGCAAAAAAAUCACAUCACAGAAAUAAUUUGUUCAUCUAGCAGAGAGAUGCUAGCUACAAAGAAACACUUAGCUGAAAAAUGAGUUGAUCUGAAUUUACGGUGUGAUUUUGCAGCUUUUUCAGCCUUCACCAGCUGACUUUUUGUGUUCUGAUUGGUGUCCAGGUCUUUUUUGUAUUUCAAUGCUAUCUUUUCUGAAGAACAUUGUUUUAUUUCUGCCGUUACACUAGACUAUUACAGUCUAAGAAAAUUAAUUUCACUCCUGCACCAAGGUGGCAUACAUUCCUCCUGUAGGGAACUUUUUACAGGCCUCAUACACACUCAGUAUCUCCAUAUCAGCAGACAGAGCUAACACCCAGCCAGGGCCGCUAGUCCCAGAGUGCCAAGAGUCCCUUGUGUUUUUAUCAGAAUUUUGCAUUAUGUGAAUUGGCCAUCUUUUACAAUAAUGUGAACAGAACUUUGACGUCAUAACAUUUUCAGGACAUUUAGAACAUCGACAUUAGAGGACCGGAGCUGUAAUUGUAAUAACGAGCAGCACAAAAAAAGUUUAUCAAAAUCAUUUCAAAUCUGUGAGCUGAAGUGAGCAUGUGAGUAUAGGUUUAUAUUUUCUUUGGGUAAUUAUGAGGAAGUAUGGUGAGGACAUCCUUACAGAGUUCUACAUGUGGAACGUGUUCCACAAUGUCCACACAUUCCAUCCUCAGCUACCAAAACAGAUGUGACAGAAUCAGGAUUGAUUACGUUCAAGAAUUUCAGAUACCCCAGAUUUUCUAAAUCCAUUGUAUCAAAUAAGAACACUAUAAUCUACAUGAGCUUUCUGUGAGGAGUUCAGAAGUGAGUGGCUUGGAAGGAGAGUUUUAGAAGACAGGUUUGUUCGGGGGGGGGGUGUCUGAGCUUCAGGAGCUGAGCUUUUGUAAGCCUGUGAGCCAGGAGACUUACACCUGCAACUGAAAGUCUUUUCGGGCAUCACAGCGACGCCUUCCUCUCCUCUCUGAUUCACUUGGCCCUGGUUAAGAUCAGAUGUAGUUAGCGCCACGCUAGAAAACACGAGGGAAAAAGGCUUGGUGUCUAGAAGAUUUAGUUUUUCUAUUAUUAUGCUUUCUCAUUAUCAUUUCACUACCACCCUGUAGGUAGGAGGCUCUCUUUAUGCUUCGGCACACACUCCCUACACACUGUAGGAAAAUCACUUAAUAAGAAAUACUUUUUUAUAAUAGGUAACUAUAAGACCAUCAUUACGCUGUGCGUAACGAAUGUACAGAGAAAAAAUCGUAGGUAUUUUUUGAGGAACAAUUAAUUUGUUAAUGAUAUGUAGCUAUUUAAUUGUUGUUUUUCCCUGUCCUCCUAUUGUAAUCAUUGCAUUUUUCUUUUUGUGAAAAAAGUUGAUCUUUUUUGUUUAUAGAGUUUGUCUUGUUAGAGUAAAGGUUCAAGUGCAGGAACACAGGAAACGUAUGAAACCACAAAAAGCCACAGGUGUGUCGGUGACAAUCGCUACUUCCAUCAGUCCCAUUUGUUCUGUAAUCACUUAGCUUGUGUUCGAUCAUGUAACUUGUGAGACAUUUGGACAAAAUUUUUACUGAUGAGCAAGAAGAGAUUGUUUUUUUUUUUUUUUUUAGAGGCCUAUUGAGCAACAUGCAUGUUUUACAUUGAUGGAACAUAAUGAUUUUCCACUAGCCCAGUGCAUCUUGCUGGCCAUUUCCAAAUCAUUUCCAUUAAAAAAAUAUGUAUAGAAAUAUAAAUACAUUAAAAAAAAACAUUAGUCAUGGGCUAGUAGGUAGGUCAGAUGUCCACCACUGAUUAGUGGAAACUGGGAUUUUGAAAGUGCUGGUGACUGUUUUUGGCCUACAGAUGGGAACUGAGCCACAAGUAAAACCAUGAGUCUGUUUGAGUUUGUUGUUGGAAAACAUUGACCCUUCACCGAUGAAUAUUUUGUGCUUAAAAGUUCAUCUGGUGUCAGUCAGUGAGGCUGAGAUGAGCUUUGGGGACGUUGCACCCCUAAUCUGUUGUCACAGUUCCCAUUUGUGGCGGCCGUUUUCUCAUCUGUAAUCAAGUUAACGUGAAAAUUGAGCAGAUAAAUCAAAGAGGAGUUGGUCUUUACUGACUGUACCACAUUUCCCAGGUCCUUUUUUGAAGUGGAAGUAGCAUGUACUUAGUGGUAGUAAUACUCUGAACUGUAAGAAAAUUUCUAUCAAGAAAACAGUCAAUUUGUGGCUCUGUGUCUCCUCCUACUAAAAAGGUUUUGGCAGGCCACCUUUUUUGUACGUAAAGUAGCCUUGAUGAACAAUAAAGAGCUUUUAAACCAC